AUGAACCGAACUCAAUGUACACCCAAGGCGAUCAUCUUCCUGUCCUAUGAAGAUUUUCUUGGUAUCUCCCUGGCUUCCAUGGCCCUCAUGCUAUCCUUAUUCACAGGACUUGUGUUAGGAAUCUUCGUUAAAUUCCGAGAAACCCCUGUAGUCAAAGCCAACAACCGCAACAUCUCCUACAUUCUCCUCAUCUCCCUCCUGCUUUCUUUCUUGUCCCCCUGCCUCUUUUUAGGCUGGCCAAGCAAAAUGACCUGCAUUCUCCGACAAACAGCUUUCAGUAUCAUCUAUUCAGUUGCCAUCUCUUCUCUCCUAGCCAAAACAAUCACUGUGGUCUUGGCCUUCCUGGCCACCAAGCCAGGCAACAGGGCAAGAAACUGGUUGGGGAAGACUUUGGCCAAUUACAUCAUCAUUGGGUACUCCAGCAUCCAAGUUGUCAUCUGCUUCAUCUGGCUGGGCACUUCCCCUCCCUUCCCUGACUUGGACCUGCACUCCCAACCAGAUCAGAUCAUCCUGCAGUGCAACGAAGGCUCUGUGGCCAUGUUCUACACUGCCCUUGGUUACAUGGGCUUCUUGGCUGCCAUUUGCUUCACAGUGGCUUUCCUUGCCAGGAAGCUGCCUGGGGCCUUCAAUGAGGCCAAGCUGAUCACCUUCAGCAUGCUAGUCUUCUGCAGCAUCUGGGUGUCCUUUGUGCCCACCUACCUAAGCACUAAGGGGAAGAACAUGGUGGCUGUGCAGGUCUUUUCCAUCUUGGCCUCCAGUGCUGGGCUGCUGGGCUGCAUUUUCCUUCCCAAGUGCUACAUUAUUAUCCUACGACCUGAUCUGAAUACAAAGGAACAUCUCAUGAUGAAAACUGAGGUAUAA